AUGGAACGUGCCCGCAGGACUGCACCGAUGCCUUCAUCUCGUCGCAAGACAAAUCCCGCUUCAACCUCCCCUCAAUCUACUCCAGAGUCCGUCCCAGAUCCUCUUCAGUCUGUGAGUCCCAGUCUGUCGAAUGAUUUAAAUAGCCCGCAAUCUGCACCACCUGCCCGGCGCUCCAGCAAGACUCUGCACCACAGCUCUAGCUUUUCGGCUCCCGGCUCAUCCCGUUCCGUUCAUCUCAGAAAGCGCUCAAGAACAAUGGAUGAUUUUGGUUCUGAAAACGGUGUCGAGGACAAUGACAGCCCUCAUAAAGGCGGCCACACGCUUCGUCGACGCGCUCGCGUUGACUACACAUUUGAGCAAAUCGACGACGAGGUCAUUGUCCCCAGCUCAACCUCGUCGGCGCGCACUAGGAAGCGCAGAUCUGACAACAGCUACGACUCUGAAGAGGUAAAUUUUCAGGAUGUUGGCCGCAGACGUGCUUCGCUUGAUUCAGACAUGACUUCCUCUCGCCGUCGCAAUCCUGCACGCAAGUCGUCUGCCGAGAGAGCCAUCUACAUUGAAGAGCCGGAAGAAGACGAACAUGAGGUCCAGGACACCAUUGAAGUUGUUGGUUCAUUAUCUGACGACGAAACUUCGGCUUCUGCAGCCGUCUCACACUCAAAUACUAAUAGCCAAAAUUCCUUGCCACUGGAUCCCAACAAGACCGCCUCUACAGAACCUGAGAAGCCCGCCACGGGUGAGCCCGCAGAGCAGGCAAAAGACAGCGCAAUUGCCCCCAACGCCUCCAAGUCUGAGCCUGACGAUGAAGACGGUGAAAAGUCUGUGGAUCAGCUGCGGCAAGAAGCGGGCGCUUCUACGCCAAACGGCGCCGACAUGAAGACAGCUGAGGUCGGUCAAUCAGAAGUCCAAAACGUCACAACAAUACCUGAGCAAUUGCCGUCCAAGCAAAUACCGGAAACAGAACCCUCUCAAGCGGACUCAAAUGCGGUGUCAACGAAGGAGGAACCCGUUGACGAAACGAGGGCCGUGGGUGCCGACGCUAUCCCUUCCACCACGACGGCUUCCAGUAAGACUGAUACGGUCGAGGGAGCUGGAGUUCAAAGCAAGACCGUCACUUCUACUUCUGCCAAUGAGCUUUCUGAAAAGGAAUCACCUUCUGAAAAGGAAGCAGAAAUGCCUUCCUCCCCGUCUUUGCAAAUUCAGAAGCAGCUGGACGGCUCUCCUAAUGGAGCUACAGCUGAUGUGUUUAUGGAUCCCAACGCCAAAGAAGAUACCAUGAUGCAAGAUGUUGUCGAUGAGGAGCCCAAGGAUGAGCCCAUGAAAGAAGCUCUACAGGUGAAGGCCACGGUAGAGUCCGCUUCACUCACGCCAGCCCCAGAAGUGAAGGUGAUUCCCGCCCCCGUCCGGGCCAGCUCUGAUGCUGCAACGGAAGCUGUCGGCGCCACCCAAGCCAAGACAAAGCUUCUUCCGUUCCAAAUUACUGCGCCUGCCCCAGUCGUUGCGUCAAGACCUCAGCCGACCCCUGUCGGUCGUUGGUCUUACCUGACACCUUAUGUUGAUGGGGAGUAUACUACGUACCCCGAGAAGAAGGAGUCUACGACUGAAGAUGAGACGCCCCCCGAAGAGCCAACGGCUGAGGACAAGGAUUCGAAUGGCAUGGAACCCAUGGUUGAGGACAACGAAGACGUGCCGGAAGCUUUCCCUGCUGAAGCACCUACUCCAGCUCUGAAUACACCUACUAGAGGCUCUCCAGUGCCCGAAUCCAUUGAGCCCACGGCGUCAAACUCGCCCGCUCCGGCUGCGGAUGAUGCAGAGGAUGGUGACGUCUCUGAUUCUGAUGACGUGGAAGUUCGACGCUUCUUCCGCUACAGGAAGCUACGGGACCCGGAAGAGUAUGUUUCUGCCGCGGAAAACUUUGAAGACAUGACAACCGCAGAGUUGUACGAACUUGUCGGAGCUGUCAACGUGUCUCUGGUGCAAUGGCAGACUGAGUGGACCUCUCUGGGCAAGAUCGUGGAUGAUUAUGAGAAUUGCCAGCGGCGUAGAGUCGCCGACGCAAAAUAUGAGACGCGAACACGUAAUCUUCAUCAACACGGCGUCAACUACGAAGAGCCCGAAUUCGUUGUCAAGGGCUACAAGGCCAAGGAAAGGGAGGUUAUGAGCGAGACUCGCUACCUUCAAGGUCAAGAUCGGAUCAUGGCAGCUGCAUACGGUUUCGAAUACGAUCCUCACCCGUCCAAGAUUGGUCGUCAAAAUCCAGAAACGCAACAGGUCGGCAUCAUGACACGAGGACGCUCACUUCGAAACCAACCUAGGCAGACGGCAAAGGCGACUGAAACCGAUGAAGUUACCGGUAAGCGAACUCGCAAGCCAGUUCAGUUAUUCGAUCCCGCCGCGCAAGACGUUAGCCGCAGCUCGACUCCAGCUCCGUCAAGAACCCGGCGGCGGAGAACUGGAAAUGGCGACGAUGACAUGGUUACUUCUAGCUUCAACGGAGACGCCAAUUCGGAUGUAGAUGAACCUCCGUCAAGAACGAGACGCCGCCGUGGUGGCCGUCCACUGACUUCUGCGCCUCAUCUGGGUGACGAUUCUGGUGCUUCGCAGGAUGCACAGGAUGCUGCUGACGAGAUCGCGCGCCCAAGUCGUCGCGGUCGCCAUCGGGCUGCCAUCCGCUAUGAUGAUGGCUUUCUCGAGCAAGAGGUGGAGGAAGAGCAGCAGCAGCAGAAGCAGCCUAAGCGACACCUCCUCACGCUCAAGAUACCGCGCGGCAAGAACUUCAGCGAACCCUCGUCUGCCAUCACCGACAAUGGCGACUCGCGACCGUCUACCGCAUCCUCCGAAUCGAGCUCCCACACUGCCGAGUCGUCGUAUUCCUUCCGGCCCAAGAGGCAAAAGAGAUUUCGCGACGACCAGGAGGAGGCCGAGGCGGCUGCUCAAGGCCCUCCCAAGAAGCGCGGGCGCCGUGUUCCCGAAGAGGCGGCGCCGACAGCAGCGGCUAUCAUCCCCGCCGCGGACACUUCGCCUGCCGCAGCGCGCAAAACUCCCAAGAUCAAGGUGGUUCGCGUCGCUCAGGCAAGCCGCACUGGAACACCCUCGUCUAUUGGUGGCGAUGCUGAGGAGCCGCGCAAGGAUUAUAAGCUAAUGACCAAGUCGGAGAAGAUGUCGGCUUCCAUGAAGAGUCGCUGGGCAAACGGUAACAUGGCUGGCGCCGUCGAAAAGCGAAAAGCAACGCUCGCGGCGAAAAAGGCUGCUCAAGCAGCGGCCGACCAGAAAUCGGGCACGACAACGCCCAAGGGCAACAAGGUGAAGCCGAAGAAGGAGGGCCCGCCCCGACAAGACUCGCAGCAGCCCUUGCCUCCGAGCACUCCUGGUGUGGGAGUCCCCUUCUCGGCCGCCUAA